ACAGAACAAGAACAAGUUUCAGAAUCUGGUCUGACUCUUUGUAACCUUCUCGUUUAAGAUUCAGCUUACGUAUUUAUAUCUCCAUCUCUCUGCCAUUACCUAUAUUGGUAUCUCCGCCUCGUUUUUUUUUCUGUUUGGUGUGUUAAUUAUCAAAGAUCUGUUUCAUUUCGUCUCUUCUAGAGAAUGGCGACUUUCUUGAUCUCGAUAGUUUGAUGAUGAUCCACUCCGUCUGAUCCGACGGUUCGUAACGCUGCAUUGAUCCUCCAUUGUUGUUUGCUAUCGAUCUAUGAUAGAUCACAUCAUCUAUCAACACUAAUUAAGAAACCAGUUGGAGUUUUGUUCAUAAAAGAAUGGCGUUUAAUGCGGCUAUGGCGUCUCCAUCUCCAGCGGCUGCGGCCAACGACGUUUUCAAAGAACAUUUUGGCCUCCGUAGAUCGUUGUCUGGUCAAGAUCUCGUUGUGAAAGGUGGUGGAAUACGUAGAUCGAGUUCAGACAAUCACUUGUGUUGUAACAACAGGAUACGUGCUGUGUCUGUACGCCCUGGUCAGGGAAUGAAAAGCAGCCGAUCUGUAGGAGUGUUCUCAUUUCAAAUAUCGAGCUCUAUAAUCCCGACUCCAAUAAAAUCACUAUUAUUCGAAACGGACACGUCUCAGGACGAGAAAGAUAGUGAUGAGCCUGAGGCUGAGCCGAAUCUUGAUGGAGCCAAGAAAGCGAACUGGGUCCAGAGGUUGCUUGAGAUAAGGAGACAGUGGAAGAAAGAGACAAGAACAGAGAAUGUAAACGGUGAUGUUGUGUCGGAACAUGGAAACGUUACGUGUGGUUGCGAAGAUGGGGAAGGUUGUGUCGCGGAUUACGGAAACGGUGAAUGGGAACGUGAAACGUUUUCUAAGUUGCUUCUGAAAGUUUCUUGGUCUGAUGCUAAACAGCUUUCUCAGUUAGCUUAUUUGUGUAACGUGGCUUACACGAUACCUGAGAUCAAGGCUGAGGAUUUGAGAAGAAACUACGGGUUAAAGUUUGUUACAUCGUCACUAGAGAAGAAAGCUAAAGCAGCAUUACUUAGAGAGAAACUCGAGCAAGAUUCGACACGGGUCCCUGUUAUUACAUCGACUGAAUCAGAAUAUGAGAAGCCUCAACAACGAUCAUCUUCAUCUUCUGCUUACAAUAUUGCUGCUUCAGCUGCUUCAUACAUUCACUCGUGCAAAGAGUAUGAUUCUUCAGACUUGAACAACCCAUAUAAAUCAGCGGCUGCGGCUCAGGCGGCUGCGUCUACGAUGACCGCGGUGGUUGCUGCGGGUGAGGAGGAGAAGCUAGAAGCGGCAAGGGAGUUGCAGUCGCUACAGUCUUCUCCUUGUGAGUGGUUUGUGUGUGACGAUCCAAACUCAUACACUCGGUGCUUUGUUAUUCAGGGUUCUGAUUCUUUAGCUUCUUGGAAAGCAAACCUCUUCUUUGAGCCAGCUAAAUUUGAGGACACAGAUGUUUUAGUCCACAGAGGAAUCUACGAGGCAGCAAAAGGAAUAUACGAACAGUUCUUACCUGAAAUAACCGAACAUUUGUCUCUAUAUGGAGAUAAAGCUAAGUUUCAGUUUUCAGGUCAUUCUCUUGGAGGCAGUCUCUCGUUAAUAGUGAAUCUAAUGCUUCUAAGUAGAGGACUCGUUAGGUCAGAAGCAAUGAAACCUGUGGUCACCUUUGGUUCACCUUUUGUGUUUUGUGGUGGUGAGAAGAUUCUAGAGGAGCUUGGUCUUGACGAGAGUCAUGUUCACUGUGUGAUGAUGCAUAGAGAUAUUGUCCCACGAGCUUUCUCGUGUAAUUAUCCUGACCAUGUUGCUCUCGUCCUCAAACGUCUGAACGGAUCGUUCCGUACACAUCCUUGUCUCAACAAAAACAAACUAUUGUAUUCACCAAUGGGGAAAGUAUUUAUUCUACAGCCAAGUGAGAGUGUCUCACCGACGCAUCCUUGGCUACCGCCGGGAAACGCUCUCUACGUGUUAGACAAGAACAACGAGGGUUAUUCUCCCGCAGCGUUGCGUGGGUUCCUAAACCGCCCACACCCGCUCGAAACGCUGAGCCAACGCGCAGCAUAUGGCUCAGAAGGUUCGGUGUUGAGAGACCACGACUCCAAAAACUACGUCAAAGCCGUGAACGGAGUUAUCAGACAGCACACGAAGCUCAUCGUUAGGAAACUGAGGAGACAGAGGAGGAGUACUGAUUGGUCGGUGCUGACGUCAGCAGAACCAAACUCUUCAAUCAGUGACUGGAGUCUGACGGCUACUGAGGAGAUCAUGACACGCGCCUAGUAAAGGGAAAUUGACGGUCGAUGUCUCGUUGAGUUGUGUAUAUAAUAAAUGGAAUCUCUUCUUCUGUUUAUGCGUUUGCUUUUAUUUCUUGGGAGACACGACUUAGAGUUAAUAAAAAUGUUGUAAAACAGUACAUACCUUUUUCAUUAUAAAUAUAUACAAAAUGAAAGCUACAUG